AUGCAUAUUGAAAAUGUUGAUGAUAAUAUUGUCGAUAAUAUUUAUUUACACCAGCAACAACAACAACAACAACUACAGCAAGAAUAUUCAAUGAAAUCAAUGGAUAAUUUUGUCAAGAAUAAAGAAAAAAAUGAUGAUUCAAUGUUCGAUGAUGAUGAUGAUAAUGUAAAAUUAUCCAAUGAUAAUGUUGGUGAUAAUGUUGUUGAUAAUAAUAAUAAUUCAGCAAAAGAGAAUCAAAAUCUAAUACCAUGUACAUUAUGUCAACGAAAAUUUUUAUCCGAUCGAUUGGAAAAACAUUUAAUAAUAUGUCAAAAAAUUAAGGAAAAAAAGAGAAAAUUAUUCGAUGCAGCAAAACAGAGGGCUGAAAAUUUGGAUAAAAUCAACUUGGUGCCGACAGAAAUUACUAUCAAUGAACCAGUAUUGAAAUCAACGAAUAAAAACCUGAUUAAAACAAAGAAAACGAUAAAAUCGGAUAAAAAUGAUUCGUCGACGACAAAACAAUCCAAUUGGCGACAACAACAUCAAGAAUUUAUUCGUACAAUACGUGCAGCACGUGGUGUAUCAAUCGAUGAUAAUAAUAUUGAUGAUGGUGAUGGUGAUGGCAAUGGUGAUAAUCCAAUGGAUAAUCAAAAAACAAUACCGGCAGGUUUUACUGAAUGUCCAACAUGUCAACGAAGAUUUUCAAUCAAAGCUGCUGAUCGUCAUAUUGAAUGGUGUGCUGAAUCAAAACGUAAACAACAAGAUCGACAACAAAAUUUACAAAAAAAUCAAGAAGCAUUAGAACGUAUGAAAGCACGGACAAAGUAUAAACCGAAUGUUUCAAGUACAAAUAAUAAUGGUAAAUCAUUAUUAUCAAGAUCAAAAUCAAUAACAACAUUAUCGAGUACCGGUUCGACAAUAUCAUCAACAUCAUCAGUAACAUCGACAUCGACAACAAUUCGUUCGAAAUCAAAAGAUAAACCAUCGAAAUCAACAAAAACCAAUGAAAAUUCAUCAACAAUUAAUCAUCAUCGACGAAAUAAUACAAGAAUUAUAUCAAAAAGUUCAGAUAAUUUACCUGCUGCAGUUAAAAUGGCAAAAACUACUGCGACAACAACGAUGAAUAAUUCAAAAAUUCAUACGAAUAAAUCACCUUCGUUAUCAAGACGCACAACAACAACGAAUACACCGAACAAUAGCAGUAAAAAUAAUCAAAAAUUUAUUAAAAAAACAACAACAGGAAAUAUAAAUGGUCAUGUUACAAAAUUAACAGUAACAAGUAAAAUUGAUACCGGUAUUAAUCCAGAUCGUAAUCCAAGUCGUAAUCGUAAUCAUGAAAAAUCUGCACCAAUUAUGAAAUUUAAGGAAAAAUUUCCAAAUCAUCAUCUAAAUAAUCAUGCCAAAUCAAUUAUUGAUCAAUUUCAAGAUAUUGAACAUAUUUUACGUAGAAAUUCAAUGGCUAUUUAUGAUGAUUCACCUAAAACAGUACCCGGUGUACGUAUUGGUGGUAUUUCACCUGUUAAAAAAUCAACAAAUAAAACAAAUAAUCAUAAUAAUGAUAAUAAUAGAAAUAUUUUAUCAAGAUCGGAAACUAAUCUACAACAAAUGUUGGUAGAAGGUGGUGGUGGUGGUGGUGAUAUUAAAAAACGUAUCGAUCAAUAUAUUAAUCGUCUCUAUGACAAUCCAAUAUGGUCAACAGCCAAUAAUAAUGGUCUUGUUAAUAGAAUCAGUGAUAAUGAUAUGGUUGGUAAUAUGAUGAUAGGUCAACAACCACCAUUGCCAUUACAAACACAUCAUAAUAAUGGUCGUAUAACAGAAUUAUCAAAUCAUGAUCAUCAUCAGCAAUCUGAUUCAAUAAUUCGACAAAAUUCAGCAAAUAGUGAUGAAGCCCGAAUGUCAACAUCAGAUUCAACAGAUUCUGGAUUAGGUGUUAUUGUUGGUGGUUUUGGUUUGAAUGGUUGUACAAAUCAAUUAUUAGAAACAGUUAAUGAAUGUGAUAAUAUUAAUCGAUUAAAAUCACAACAAUCAAAUCGUUCGGGUAGUAAAACAAGUAAUCGUACAUUUAGAGCCGAUAUGAUUAAUUCACCAACAAUGUCUGAUAUUGAACCAAUUAAUAAUAAUCAUUUAUUAUUACGUAAUAGUUCUUUAAAUGAAAUUGAAUUUUAUUCCUAUAUAUUUAAAUAUAUAAUUAUAGGUGAUAUGGGUGUUGGAAAAUCAUGUUUACUUCAUCAAUUUACUGAUAAAAAAUUCAUGGCUGAUUGUCCACAUACAAUCGGUGUUGAAUUUGGUACACGUAUUAUUGAAGUUGGUGGACAAAAAAUUAAGCUACAAAUAUGGGAUACAGCCGGUCAGGAAAGAUUUCGUGCCGUAACACGUAGUUAUUAUCGUGGUGCAGCCGGUGCACUUAUGGUCUAUGAUAUUACGAGACGUUCCACUUAUAAUCAUUUAAGUUCAUGGCUGACUGAUGCCCGAAAUUUAACCAAUCCAAAUACGGUUAUAUUUUUAAUUGGUAAUAAAUCGGAUUUAGAUUCACAACGUGAUGUUACAUAUGAAGAAGCUAAACAAUUUGCCGAUGAAAAUGGUUUAAUGUUUAUUGAAACAUCAGCAAAAACUGGUGAUGGUGUUGAAGAAGCAUUUCUUGAAACUGCACGUCGUAUAUUUUCAAAUAUCCAGGAUGGUUCAUUGGAUUUGAAUGCAGCUGAAUCUGGUGUACAACAUAAACCAAGCCCGGUUCUUUCAUCAUCAUCAACAACAAAUGCAAAUGGUGGUAGACAAGAUGGUAGUGGGAAUCGUUCAGAUUGUCAAUGUUAAAAUCAUUAUAUUCAUCAAACGUUCAUCAUCCAAUUGAAUCAACAACAAAAACCAACAUAUAGAAUCAAGAAAAUUUCCAAAAAAU